UCAAUAAAGAAGAUGGCAGCUCUGACUCCAAGGAAGAGGAAGCAGGAUUUUUUGAACCGUGACAGUGAUAAAAAUGAAGAAAACCUGCAUUCCUCUCAACAAGGGCAUUUUGUUUUAAGUGCACUCAAAACAUCUGAAAUAAAUAGACGGCCAUCAGCAAAUCAAGGCUCACCAUUUAAAUCUGCUGUGUCCACUGUAUCUUUUUACAACCAAAAUAAGUGGUACCUCAAUCCAUUGGAGAGGAAGCUGAUAAAACAGAGUAGAUCUACUUACCUAAAAAAUAAUGUUGAAGAUAAAUCUUUUCCCAUUGUGACAGAAAAAAUGCAGGGAAAACCAGUCUGCCCCAAGAAGAACAACAAAAAGCCACAGAAGAGUUUAACUGCUAAGUAUCAACCAAGGUAUAGACACAUCAAGCCUGUAUCAAGGAAUCCUAAAAAUUCCAAGCAAAAUCGAGUAGUCUGUAAGCCAGUUGUGGAGAAAGAGAAUAAUUGUUAUUCAGCUGAAAAUAAUCCCAAUGCUCCUAGGGUUCUAAGCCAAAAAAUAAAACCACAAGUUACACUCCAGGGUGGAGCAGCAUUUUUUGUUAGUAGAAAAAAAUCCUCUCUUAGAAAAUGGUACAUGGAAAAUGAGCCAUCACUGGGACUCACCCAAAAGAAUAAAUCAGAAUUGAUUGAAGAUUGUGAUGUAGAGACUGUCAGUGAAAAAAAAACACUUGAGACAAGGAAAGUGCCAAAGUGCUUGUUCCUAGAAGAGAAAUUGAACAUUGAGCUACUGAAUGCAAGCAGUAAAAAUCAAGAGAAAUUAAUAAAGGACUCAUCAGGUGACAGUGUUUCUUCAAAGGAAUAUGAAGUUGAUAAAAAGUGUUUUCCUUCAGAGGAUUCUGUUGGUGAGAAGACAAUUUCUCCUAAGUCCACUGUCUAUCCAAUCUUCAAUGCAUCUUCAGUCAGUUCAAAAAGAUCUUUAGGUGAAGAACAGUCUUCUGUGGGAUCUGUCAACUUCUUGAAACAGACCAAUAUUCAGAAAAAUACUAAUAUCAGAGAUACAAGUAAAAAAACAAAAGACCAGCUCGUCAUUGACGCUGGUCAGAAACAUUUUGGGGCCACUGUGUGUAAGUCUUGUGGCAUGAUAUAUACUGCUUCCAACCCUGAAGAUGAAAUGCAACAUGUACAGCAUCACCAUAGAUUUCUGGAAGGAAUCAAAUAUGUGGGUUGGAAGAAAGAACGUGUAGUAGCAGAGUUUUGGGAUGGGAAAAUCGUGUUGGUUCUGCCACGUGAUCCAAGCUUUGCUAUCAAAAAGGUAGAAGAUGUCCAAGAACUUGUUGAUAAUGAAUUGGGCUUCCAGCAAGUUGUUCCUAAAUGUCCAAACAAAAUAAAAACUUUUCUUUUUAUAUCUGAUGAAAAGAGAGUAGUUGGGUGUUUAAUUGCAGAACCCAUCAAACAGGCCUUUCGUGUCCUGUCUGAACCAACUGGUAUGCAAUCCCCAAACUCUAAAGAAUGUCCUAGGGCUUGGCAAUGUUCAGAUGUACCAGAACCUGCAGUCUGUGGGAUAAGUAGAAUCUGGGUUUUCAGAUUGAAGAGAAGAAAGCGCAUUGCAAGACGACUGGUUGAUACUCUCAGGAAUUGCUUCAUGUUUGGCUGUUUUCUGAGCACUGAUGAAAUAGCAUUUUCUGACCCGACACCAGAUGGCAAGUUAUUUGCAACCAAGUACUGCAACACACCUAAUUUUCUUGUGUAUAAUUUUAAUAGUUAAAGCUGAUUUCAGUUAUAAAGCAGUUACUAUCUGGAUAAGUUCAGAGAGAUCUUUAUUAUAAAAUAUAAACUUUUAAUAUUAAAAAAAAUACCAAAACUCAGUUAUGCACACAGACACACAUACACACAUAUCACAGUUUUGUUCCUUAUGAGUUGAAAAGUCAGGAAUUAAAUUUGUUGAAAAUUAUCUGGGAUUCAAAGGAAGGAAAAAUCUUCGGGUGAUUUACUGAUUAGCACUCUGAAUUGUUAAUUACAAUUACACUCUGAAAUUUUGUAGGUAUAAUUGGAAAAUUACUUGACUGUUAUGUAAGAGCAUUGACAAAGGAAAGUGAUUUUUGUCUAGAAAUGUGACCUGGUCUUCUAUAAAACACACUGUUAGACCAGGAUUAUCUAAUGCCCCAUCAGAAGCAAAGAGGCAAAUUUACACUUGGGCAAGUAAUUUCUAUGCUCAAUUUGUAAAAGGAAUUCCUGAAUGUUUUUUUUUAAUAGAGGCAGGGGUCUCAUUAUGUUUUCCAAGCUGGAACUUUUGGGCUCAAGCGAUCCUCCAAAAGUGCUGGGAUUACAGUCAUGGCCCACCGUGCCCAGCAUCAUUCCUGACUUUUCUAUAUGAAGUCUUUACUUGGUAGGCACUCAUCUGUACUAACUCAGUUUGAGUAUCUUUGGAAAAUGUUUAGAAUUUAUUUUUUGUAACAAGAAAAAAUGGUAAGGAUUAAUAUUAUCCUAUUUGCAUUUCCGUAGAGCAGAAUUCUAUAGCUUAAUGUUUAAUCUUUUUGAAAAUAAAAUUACAUGUUCAUCUGUCAGAUUUAAAAUUAUACUUAAUAAUUGCACUAUUUUAUUUUUUUGUUUGGAAAUAUUGGUAGUACUGCUUUAGGAACUUAUUACUGGCAAUUGAUGUCAUUAACAAAAUGCCUAGUUGGAGUAGAUGAUACAUUUGGCCUUAUUUUCUAAUUUUUUGCUUAUUUAAAAUGCACCUUACUUGUUCUAUAUGGCAAAAGUCUUUACAAAAUAUAUGGUUAUAGAACCAAGGUUAGUAAAUAUACAUACGCUGGUGGAUCAGAGACCAUGACUCUGUUUAAAUACAAUGAAAUGUUCGCACAUUUUACUUGUAUAAUCCUUGGAUACUUUAAAAAGCAAAACAUUAUUCAAAUUGUUCUGAUUCUAAGAAAUCAUUCAACUGCUAGCAAUAAGACUCUAGGCAAGUUGUUUUAUAGAUUGUAAUUAUACAUAGAACUAUUAAUCUGCUUUCAUUUUAUUUGCCUAUAAGUUAACAUGGUUCCAAAAUUUAAAAGCCUGGGUUCCCAAAAGAAUGUGGAAGUGUUAAAAUGUGUGUAAUUAUGCAAACAUUUUAAUGCUGUUUUCUGCACUUCUGUUUAUUUUUUUUUAUUUUAUUUAAAAAUUUUAAUUAGCAUUUUGCUUGCUUAAUGGUUUUGUCAUCAAUUAAAAUUAUUUAAUAGUUUAUUUUAUACAACUAAAUCUGAUUUUUUAAAUUAUACUUUAUCAUAAAAAUAAUAUAUGUUAAAAAAAUUCAUAUACAGAAAUAGAGAUUGCCAAAAGAAAAGGCUUCCCAUUAUCCUGCUUUGGAUGUAGUGUGUAUUACUUUAGAUUAACUAAAUACAUAUGCAGUUAUUUUGCAUCUUGCUUCACUUCAGUAUGUCUUAGAUAUGUUGUAUUUCAGGAACUUUUUAUAUUUUAAAUAUAGCAUGAUUUGCUGUUGAUACUGUUGGCUUGAUUGGGUGGAUUUUUUGUUUUCGUUUAACACAUACAAGAAGCAAGUGCACUGAGAAGAUCUCAAAGCAACAAUACCCCAAUGACAGUGAGCACACCUACCACCCAGAUCUUGGUUGGUUACUUUCUUUUUUCCCCACCCUAGGCUGAAGUGCAGUGGUACAGACAUGGCUCACUGCAGCCUUAACC